UCGAUACUCACUCCAAAAUAUUUUGCUACUACAAAAUUUCGCGCGCAACAUCAAAAUACAGCCGAAGGCAAGGAAAGGCGGCCAAAGUUGCAGACGUACUUUUAAUUUUUUACCGAAGAUGGCAAGAACAAAGCAGACAAUGAGAAAUAACUCAAAAAAGAGUAAUUUUCAAAGGGCAACAUUUCAGCCAGCUCGACGGAGAAAGUGCCCCAGAAAACGGAGAAGAGAGCCGUUAUGGAUGACAGAGAGAGAAGCGCGGUCCCCGUGGUUUUAUCGACAGUAUCAGUAUGAUCCGUGGAACAACUCAGAUUCAGAGUCCGACUCGGAAGGUGAAAUGGGACAUGAUGAUUUGGAUGAUGAAGUUUUAUUUGGGAGUCUCAGGGGAAACAUUGUUGGAAUUCGCUAUUACUCUGGAACUGUCAACAACAAUGAAAUGGUUGCCUUGGAGAGAGAACCAUAUAACAAGUAUGACAGGAAUGCCAUCAAAGUGGUCAAUGUUGUACGUCAACAAGUCGGACAUAUCAAGCGGGAACUGGCCUCCGCUCUAGCUCCCAUCAUGGACAGUGGCUGGGUCAGACUUGAGGGAAUAGUUCCAUUUGGGAGCCAGAACCAGUUUAGCAUGCCGGUGGACAUCAGUCUGUGGGGUAAACCAGAACACAAGCAGGGCACCAUUACAAGAUUAGAGCGGUCAGGCAUCAUGAUGAAGGUUGCCCCCGACCCCGUGGGUGGGGCUAUUGGGGGACCCAGCACCAGUAUGAUGUAUGGAGUGGUGUCCAACAAGAGAACUUUUCUAACACCAUCAGAGGUUAGAAAUGAACUUGACAAGUUGUUUGAGAGUCUUAAUGAGGGUGACAAAACUACUACAGUGGAACCUGCAGAGGCAAUAUCUAGUACAAUGUACAAGCACCAGAAGCAGGCUCUCCAUUGGAUGAUCAAGAGAGAGAACGGUGACCAGUUGCCGCCAUUCUGGGAGAACAAGAACGGACAGUACUUCAACUCAGUGACCAUCUUCACCACCAAGACCAAGCCAAGGAGUGUCUGCGGAGGAAUUCUUGCUGAUGACAUGGGUCUUGGGAAAACCCUCCAAACAAUUGCUCUGAUAAUGACAAACUUCAAGGAUGGAAAACCCCUGGCUGUGCCAGUCCCAGGGAAAAUCCGACAAUCCAAGAUAUUACGAAUGCAACAGAAAGCUCAAAGAAUGGAAGAAUACAAGAGCAGUCCAUGUAAGUCUCGAAAGUCAUUUGUCAUCAAAGGAGACCCCAACGAGAUGAUUGAUGAAGGCAAACUGUGUGUUGGACGGAAGAGGAAGACCCUGGGGAAACUACUGAGAUAUAACAACGCAGUGGACAACCUCACCUCGGACGAGGAAGAAAUCGAGGACCUUGUGGAGGAAGAGGAGGAGGAAGAGGACUGUGAGGAAGUGAAUGAUGAUAAAAUCAUGUUGAAGAAAGAUGACCCUGAAUUCAAGCUCUCCAAAGACACGUUAAAACAGGAGAAAAUUGCCUCACCCAUUGCCAGUCGGAGACCAAGAAGGAGUGUAAAGAAACCCACAAGAUACACCUACAGCAGUGAUGAUGAGGACCAGGAGAGAGUCGGCAGUCCUAUGAAAAGAGUUAAGAUAGAUCAUGAAGAAAAAGAAAACUUGCAGAAGGUCUCUGUGCCAAGGAAAGGUCAUCAGAGGGGCAAAGGAAAAGGGAAACAACUCUGUAAGCCUGUGACUCAGGCUUGUGAAGUGAACAAGCUGAUUUCUGACACUAUUGAGAUAGACUGUGCUAAUGUUGAUGAUGUGUGUAAGAGUCUACAGGACCAGAGAACAGAAAAAGAGACCCUGGUCACUGAAAGAGGGGACAGUCUUGUGGAACCUAAACUUGACUCAGUCAGUUCAGAAAACAAAGACAGUGCAUGCAACACAGAACCAGUAGGGACUUUAGUAAGCACAGAUGUUAAACUUAUAGUGCAGAACAGUGAAAGUGAUGCUGUGUCUUGUCCUAAGUGGAUGACAGAAGGAGUGGGGUGUGGACAAGAGAUCCACAAGGGGCACAAGUUCUGCACCAUGUGUGGAUGGAAGAUCAAUGCCAAUAUCUUUAAAAAUGGUGCCAAAAUGUGUCACAACAAAAUGGAGGAACAAAAAUUUUGUGAAAAUAUUGUUUAUCCUCCCCAGAAGUUUUGUUCUAACUGUGGUCACCGGCUGUCAUUUGGAGUGCAAACGCCGGUUAAUGUUAGCAAUACAAAAGUGCAAUCCUCAUCAGGGGAGAUACUGACAGCAGAAGGAAAUAAACAAGAUGUGACAAAAGAGUGGAUUAGUGCAAUGAAAAACAGCAUGCCAAGUACAAGUUCAUCAAAUCUGAAUCCUUAUGCAAGACCAUUCAUACCUGGAGCUAAAGACAUAAUACCACCAAAACAGAUGACAUCUGCAACAGGUUUGUAGAUAUGAUAUUGUUGGGGGUUACCAUAUAUACUUGCCUAUAAGUAUUAUUUGCAUAUAAGUCGGUUGUUGGUUUUUUCAGCUUAAUUUUGAAGAUUUUGACAAUGAUCAGCUUAUAAGUCAGGUCACUUUUUCGGGAUAAUUCAUCUACAGGUUCUCUAUUUAAAAUUUCGAUAUUUGUCCCCCUAACUUUCGUUCAAUUUUGAACUCCCGAAAUCUGACUUAAAAGCGAGUAAGUAUGGUAAUAGGUAUAUUGAUCUGCACCUAUCCAGUGUUUUCUGCCAGUAUCAUGUUGUUUGUGCUGUCAGUAAUUUUCUGUUUCAAUGGUGGUCAGAUUUCUUGUUUACAAUCAUGUGUAGUGAAUCACCUCAUGGCACCCUACUAUUACCUGCAACUUACUGUAGUUUCCUUUUUAAAAAUGGGGAAUUGAUACU